AUGUCCUGGAAGGCCUGCACCACAGUCUUCUUCAAUGUAACCACCAGUUACAAUAACAGCUACUUCUUCAGAAUUGAGAGUAAACCAUUCAGCGCAACAGACCCUGACAAGUCUGUUCUUAUAGUUGUCAGAGUUAGCCUGCAAUGUAUUACAGAUUUGCCUCUCAGACCCGAGAUUACUGUCUCAUGUGAGAUGAAGGAAGAGAGGCCUGUCAGUUUGAACUGCUCUGCUGCAGCUCCCUGUCCCCAACACUCUCCUAAACUGACAUGGACUCUCCCAACCCUGUUUACACCUGAGAACCAACUCCAAGAGAAUUCAGAUCAAACCAAAUCUGUUCUCUCCACGGUGACAUUCACUCCUUCACACCUUCAUCAUGAGAAGAACAUCACUUGUACUGCAGUCUACCCAUUAGGAACAAGCAACAAGACAGCUGAACAUACCAUGACGCUUAACGUUUUAUUCUCUCCAAAAAACACCUCAGCCUCCCUCAGUCCAGCUUAUCCAGUAUCAGUGGGCAGUUGUGUGAAUCUGACCUGCAGCAGCACAGCCAACCCUCCUGUGACAAACUUCACCUGGUUCCAGAUUUGUGGGGGUAAACCAACACGGGUAGCAUCUGGACAGACUUACACCCUCAAUGUGACUGUUGGUGAUGUAGGGAUGUACUACUGUGAAGCAAGAAAUGAUCACGGCAUUGAGAAGUCAAUGAAAGUGCUUCUAGCUAUUGAAGGGCAGCAGCCUCUAACGUGCAGGGUGGAGUAA